CGUCCGUACCUGCAGUACAAGUAGUGUUUAAUAUCGUCUGAAAAUUUGAAAAAGAAUUCUUCUGUUUUACAUUAACUAAGACACGGGAUUUUCAUUCGUUAAUCAACGAAAAUGGAGGACAAGGCAAACGCUGGAAACACCGCUGUAGAGACUACAGAGAGUAGUAAUUCGAGUCCAGCAAAGAAGACGUCGAAGGCGAAGUCGACUGCGAAAUCACAGCGGUCGAAGGCUUCGCAUCCGCCUACAUCUGAAAUGGUGAAUUCUGCCAUCAAGGAAUUAAAGGAUCGCAAGGGAUCGUCACUUCAAGCGAUCAAGAAGUAUAUCGCAACGACAUACAAGGUUGAUGGUGAGAAAUUAGCACCCUUCAUCAAGAGGUACUUGAAAGGAGCCGUUACGUCUGGCGCUGUUGUACAGACGAGAGGCAAAGGUGCCUCUGGUUCGUUCAAGCUGUCAAUCAUAAAGAACUUGGAGUCGAAGAAGACCCCGGUUGUGAAAGUAUCAAAGCCUAAGAAAGUCAAGAAAUCUGUAGAGAAGAAAACGUCGCCAACACGAAAAGCUGCAUCGCCGAAGAAGCCAAUUCCGGCAAAAAAGGCAGAGGUUACUAAGAAAUCGGCGGCUGUAAAGAAGUCUCCCGCCAAAACCGCCGAGAAACCCAAGAAGGCGGAGAAAGCUAAACCUGCAGCUGAGACGAAGGUCAUGUCAAAAAGCAAGAAAACAGCUAAAGCACCUGCAGCCAAAACUAAAACUCCAAAACCCAAAAAGGCUGCGGCAGCAAAAACAGCUAAGCCAGCGUCAAAGAAAUAAUUCUAAAGCACAAAUUUUAGAAUUCCAGCCCUAAACAACAAAUGGCCCUUUUCAGGGCCACAAAAUCGUAUUUGACAAGGAACAAUUUUUAGACAAUUUAAUCAGUUUUCUACAAUCUUUUGUACAUAAUAAAGAACCUAACCUAAAUGAAUUCCUUUAGACAAAAUAUAUACCGUACAAUCCUCCUUUGCCCUCAUAACGC